UGAGCUUUGAGAUUUUAGGUUAUAUUAACUAGUUUACACUGUUUAGUGUUUACACGUGAAAUAUGUGUUUUCACCGCUGUGGUAGAUUAGGUUAGUUUAUUGUUUAGGGUAUUCAUUUUAAAUUAGAAGAUCUCCGUCAAUUAAAGUGAAAUCAUGGAAUUAGAAAGAGUAUAUCAAGAUGGGUCAAACAAUAUGAUAACAAUUGAAGCUACUGUGGAUACAGGAUUUGAGAAUGUAGCUUUGGAUGAAUGUAAAGAAAUUUUUGGAUCAGGCUUACUAAGUGGAAAAUCCAGAGGCCGAAUAUUUUUUACAAUUGAACAAGAUAAAUAUCAAAAAGUGCAUGAGCUAAGAUCCAUUGACAAUCUUUACCUUGUCAGUACACUGAUUCCAAACUUGAACUUUACGACAAGUGAUAAGGAUUUAGAUCUUGAAGUCAUCAAAAGGCUUGCAGAAACUAUAGAAUGGAAAACACCAUUGGCCAUAUGGAAAGAAUGUAUAAAGUUUCAUGGGAAUUUAUACCCAACAAAAGAAGAACACGAUGAAUCGUUGAAAAACAAGCUCGAACAACUGGAAAGAUUGAAUCACCAAAGGUUAACUGACAGGAUAGCAGUACCAGAUGUAUUGAAUUCUAUAUCCCAGAGGUUAACUGACAGGAUAGCAGAAACAGAGGUAUUGAAUUCUACCUCUAACGUGUUGAGGUUUCGUGUGACCUGUAACAGAACUGGGAAACAUUCUUUCGGCUCAAUGGAAGCAGCUAGAGAUUUCGGAGGAAAACUACAUGAUGUGUUCAACUGGGUUGUAGAUCUGACAAGCUAUAAUAUUGACAUUGUAUUGAAUAUUAUUGAUAGCAUGGCUUACGUUGGCUUGGGAUUAACCAGACAGUCAAAACAUAGACGAAACAUUACCCACUUUGGACCAACUACACUAAGAGCUACUGUCUGUUAUAAUCUUUUACGAUUGGGCUCACCCAAGGUGGGAGAUGUAGUGAUCGAUCCUUUGUGUGGAGGUGGAUCAAUACCUAUAGAGGGUGCUUUAGCGUAUCCAUCCACAUAUCAGAUAUGUGGAGAUAGCCAUGAAAAGGCAGUGAACCGUAGCAGAAACAACAUUGAGUCUCUGAAAGAUAAAACCAUAUCCAUGGAUGUAUUGCAAUGGAAUGCCACUAACUUGCCAUUGCUAACUGCAUCUGUUGAUGUUUUUGUCACUGAUUUGCCGUUCGGUAAAAGAAGUGGACACAAAAAGGACAACAGAGUCCUGUAUAAGGAAGUGUUGGUGGAACUGGGACGUGUUGUCAGGCCGAGUACUGGUAGAGCUGUACUUCUCACACAUGACAGGAGGACAUUUGUAAAUGUACUGCCUAAAACGUGUGGGCUGUGGAAACAAACCAAGGUACUUGGAGUUAACCUUGGAGGCUUGCAGGCAGGCGUCUUCCAGUUGCUCAGAACCAGCAAAGCGUACAUCAAGUAGUAAUCAUCAACAACUGAUCCAAGUGCCUACAUCGCUGUAUAUACGUCAUCAAACAUCUGAAAACUGCAAAUAAACAACCAUGAAACAUU